CCCGUAUGUUAACACAAUUAUUGAUUCUUAGUCGUAUACUUUGUUCGAGAGAAGCAAGACGCAGGGAAGGCGGAAAUUCGGUCACAGUUCGUUAUGGCGGGAAUUGUGAUGGAAGACGACGUAGAUAUGGACGUUUCCGAAGCUUUAAACUAUUUUGACGAAGGUCACGUGACAGCGCUGCAGACCAAGUUGGCUCUGAAUGCGCUAGAGCGACAUGCCAAGGAGGAGGGAUUAGAGGCGGGACAAAUAACUUCUCUACUAAAGGCAGUAGGAUCUGGCAAAAUAGCAACUCAGGCAUCAGUAAAGCUAAUACGAUGCCUCAUUCCUCGAGAACAUGUCGAACAAGAAGCCGUUCUAAAAGUCAUUUCAUCUCUCAGUGUUCCAACUAUACCAACAAGUGUCAAGAUUAUGCUUUUGAAAUGGACUAUAUUAGUGUUCGAAUUGCUUGAUGGUGAAGACUUGGUCGGCUCGUUGUAUGACGUGCUUUUUUACUUCUUGGACUCAGACAGUCUGAGACCGUUUGUUUGCCAGCUUCUUUGCUUUCUAACGAAACGAGAACACGUGAUGGACUUUCGGGUGCAUAAGCUACUCGAGAUGUUGAAGAAAGUCCAUGUCAACGAUCAACCCAUCUGCUCAUUGCUAUGGGCAUACAAGGUCUUUCGACCGGAUCUCUUGACUAGAUCGAGGCCAAAGUCAUUGUUUGGAUCGAUGGAGAAUGCCCUCAAACGUGACAUCAAACGUGUACAGGCUAAACGAAAGACGGUAGGAUUGCAGCGUCGCUUUGGUACGAAUUUACGGGCAUCUUGGACGCCUCCUUCCAAGCGACGUAGAGUGACCGGACGGGCUGUUCUCGCGACUUCUCGUUCGUUAACGCUAGGAGACGGUCGAGCAAUCAGUCUAUCACAGUUGGCCGAGAAUCUGGAGAACUUCGAGCUGCCUAGUCAAGUGUCAUCCUCAUUGGAUUCACCAAUGGCACGUCAUUUACUGACAGUAGCAGGAGACGGGGAGGCGUUCUUAAGGUUGACCUUCUGGUUGGAGCACUGUCUGAGCGAAGUGUUCUUCUCCAACUCGUCUGUCUCUAGUCCUGACGCAGAGCACAUUCUAGAUUGUCUGGUGUCGCUGACAGAGUUCCUGCAGGAUACAGUCGACGCUGUUCAACACUUCUUUCUCUGCGGUUACCUUCCGUUAUGGGAUGGAGUCAGUUAUCGCCAACAGAUUCUUCAACUCAUGACUUACCUUAGACCGGAACCGUUUGAUGAGUUUAGAGAAACGUACAUCUUGCCACUUCACCGCCUGUUCUGCUCGUUGGACGUGUCUUUCAAAGCUGAUGUCCUAUUCUGCUGGCAGCGUGUAUUGCACAACCUCCUCGCUCCCAACUGGAAGCGACGAGAUGGAGUGUUUGGCUGUCUCCUGGUCGAAGACGAUGACGUAGACCGAGUAGACUUCAUUCGUCGCUUUGUUGAGUAUGUCGACGGUGUUUGUAUAUCAGCGCUGCAGGUCGAACGGAAUCAUCCUCACAUUCAAAGUGCCGCGUUGUCGUUCAUUGAUGCGGUGAGUGACAUCUAUGGCAAGUACGAGAUUCCUCUGAUAAUUCUACCAUCUCCUGCAGUCGUGUGUCGAACCGUGUUUGCACUCAAUGUGUCGGCAACAACCGGGAUGUGUAGGAUAUUAGUAGACAAAUACAGACCGGCCUUCGAAAAGGUUGAUAAAAUGAAUAUCGAAUAUGUGGAGAUUACUAAACAGCUCAACUCCUAUAUCGUCGACUUGUGCUACGCCCUGUGGAGGAAAUCUGCUUUUUAUAUCGAGGAGGAGUUUACAUUCAAAACCCUCCUCUACGACAUACCACAGCAGGCUCUUUCUGCUCUGCAAAUUCCAAGGGUUCAGGAUGCUUUGUUGGUGCAUACUGGCAUUACUUUUCUAGGACUGAUUUGGGACUAUCUGCAGACUCAGCAGAGUGAUUCGCAAAGUAUGAUGCAUCCAAGGAGGAUACCUAAGACUCACAGGGUCGCUUAUCUCAACUUUUUGAGGGAACACAACAUGGAAGCUAUCGAUGACUUUCUGUCGACGUUCACGACAUUGAGAAGCUAACAGGCGUUUGGUAGUUUAAUUAACAAAUAUUUUCAGUGCUAGUGUUUACUUGUGUUAAUAAUUAAUUAAUUAAUUAUAUAUAGUACACGUACACUGUGGUCGUCAUCACUGUUCAGUAUAGUAAAAUAGUAAG